CGAGUUACGAUGGCCUUCACGAUAUUUGCUAUGUACUUCAUCAACUUUGCACUCUCAUUCACUUUAUCACUCGCAGCUGCAAGAGACGAGGACCCUACCUGGCACCGAUAUGUCAGGUCCCCCGGUUCCAAAGUUGUCAAGCCAACUGGAAUUCUUCUGGAUAGCAUCGUUGGCAAUGUCUCCAAUCCGACUGGCUUGAUCCACGGCCUAGGUGCGACAGUGCUGAGUCGAAGCAAUGACAUUGACCUGCUGCCGACCAUAGUGGUGGACUUUGGGCAGAAUGUUGUGGGCAUCUUGAGUCUCGAAUUCAGCGGAUCGCAGAAUAUGUCUACUGGGCUGCCCGGGUUGAGAUUGGCAUUUUCUGAAACCUUGGAGUACCUCUCGGACCGGAGCGAUUUUACGAGGUCUGACAAUGCAAACGGGAACGAAAAAGUGACCAAUGGGACAGACCAGGUGGCUGUCAGAAACAUCAAUUACACCUGGACAGAUUUGCAUGGAUGUGAAGAGGACACAAAGGUCUGCUCGGAUGGACUACACGGGUUUCGGUAUGUCAAGAUCUGGCUCGAAGCCCUGCCAUCAGAUGCGCCACUCACGUCCUCUCUUGGCUUUGUUUCCAUCUCAAGCAUAAGUCUGGAGUGGUCUGCAUAUCUCGGAACACCGCCUUCUUUUACAGGCUGGUUCGAAUGCUCAGAUCAAAAUCUUACGCAAUGGUGGUAUGACGGGGUCUACACGGUUGAUAUGGGGACGGAUACGUUCUUUGCCAACGAGACGGAGCCUAGAGGAGCCUCUAGCCCGACCUUGGAGGGCAAGCAAGUGCUCUUUGACGGAGCCAAACGAGACAGAGACCCGUAUGUCGGUGACUUGGCCGUUGCAUCAUUGACCUCGUAUUUGUCUCAUGAUUUUGCCGAGGCGACGCGCAAUGUGCUGGAGGAUCUGGCGCUGCAUCAACGCGAUGAUGGAUGGAUUCCCCCAGCAAGCAUUGUUGAUCUGGUUAUGUACACCGGCAACACGUCAUAUGCAGACACCUACUGGAACACGCUUGUCAAGGUGCUUGACGGUUACUACCCUUCCAACACGAACAGCACAACCGGGCUUUUGGAUAAGACUGCAGAUAUGGGCUAUGGUGACUAUGCAUUCCUACCUCGAUCAGGGCCAGUCACUUACUACAACGCCCUGUAUGUCCACGCUCUGUCCUAUGCUUCUCGACUAGCGAACAGCCUUGGCCGAGGUGAUGAUGCCGCGAGAUGGUCUUCUAGAGCUGGCGCAAUUGGCGAUGCGCUACUGAGCCAUAACCUCGACCAGAGCGUCGGCGCAUUCUAUGAUGGCGGACCAUGUUCUGGAGGAGCAGCAGGCACCAUUUGUGAUGUGCACGCACAAGAUGGAAAUGCCAUUGCCAUUCUUGCGGGCGUCACAGAUGAGAAAACGUCGGCUGGUAUUCUGGACUAUUGGCAGAAUGCGACCUCUCAAGUGUACGGAAAUGCAUUCUAUGACAGCAGCGUCUUGAGCCCAGGAGACCACUUCGAUCAGCGUGUCUACGCCUUCAUCUCAUACUUUGAGAUUGCUGCCCGCUUUUCUACUCCUGGAAAAGCUUCCUCUGCUUUUGACGAGAUUCGGCGACUGUAUGGCUGGAUGUCUGCUCAAGAUCCUGGCAUCACCAUGUGGGAGGGCAUUGGACCGAAUGGGACUGCGUAUGAGGGCUCAUUUACUUCCAUGGCCCAUGGCUGGUCGACGGGGAUCGUGCCCUUGUUGACUGGUUACGUGCUGGGAGUACAGCCUCAAUCGCCGGGGUUCAAGACGUGGAAGAUCUGUCCUGUGGUUGAAGGAGGAGGAUUGACGUGGGCCAGAGGAGAGGUCCCCACGCCGCAAGGGAAGAUUGCAGUGUCAUGGGAGAUGAAAGAUGCAGAAUCCGGGCCAACGCUUUUGCUGGAGCUUGAGACUCCGGAAGGGUCAUCUGGGACGGCGUGUGUUCCCACUCUGGGGAUUGAAAGCCCAAAGAUCACCUUGGAUGGGAGUCCAAUUCAGGCUCCCCCGGAUCAGAUUUCAAUAACUGUCAACGUUUCUGGAGGCAAGCAUGUCUUUGCGGUUGAGUCUUGA